GACCAAGCAGCUAACAGCUAAUGUUAGCUAAAGAUGGAGGACAGGAAUAAUAUCGAAGAUCUUGAUGGACGCCUGCAAAUACUCGAAAAACGUGUCUACGGUGACAGAGGAUGUAAACUGAACAAAACAGUGAAGUGUGUAGAUUCACUUGGCAAAGUCAAUGCUGCUCUUGCAAACACGGCCAACAAGAGGGAGCGUGUCAAGAUUCUCCACAAAAAAACUGAAGAUCUACUGAAGUAUUUGGAUCCACAGUUCACUGAUUACAUAGCUGUACCAGAUGCCAUGAAGUUGGAAUUUAUUCUCGCAGAGGAGGAUUUCUUGCGAACUCAAGCAUCCAUGCUUGAGCAGGUCAACACUCUGCAGCCUUAUCUGGACAGCAACCACAUCAAAUCUGUCCCAGAACUCACCACAAAACUACAGCGUCUUUCACAGCUCCACAUUAAACAACAGGAUCAGAAUGAAGAACUAUCUGCAGAAGUGAAGAGGUUGUUUGAGGAGUACAACAAGAUGAUGUUCCUGCUGUCUAAACAGUUUGCCCAGUGGGAUGAGACUCUUCGGAAACUUGAAGGACCCAAACCUGGACAAAAAGUGGAGUAACUCCAGAAUACUGUAUUCCACAUAAUUGUUACAGUGUAUUUAAAAGAUGCAUUGAAGCAGUUCUUCUCAAAAUGUCAUUUGCCCCUUUGCUUCAUGUUUUGGAACAUGAUAUUGUACACACGCAAAACACUUCCUGUUUGUAUUUAAGAACUGAUUAAACUCUAAUAUUGCCAUAUUUAAUGGAAUGUACUUUCCACUUGAGUUUGAUUUGUAGUUUUUGACUACAAUUUGAAUUGCUAUUUCAUUGGGAGUGAAGUUAAUGUUUGAAAUAGGUGAUUGCCUGAUUUAUGUGUCUAAAGUUAGGUUUUAGUUGAGAGAUGUCUUACGAAGUGAGACCUUGGACAUUCCACCUAGUGAUUCUCAAAAAACACAGCUUGUUUUGAAUCAAACUCCCUGUCACUGCUCAUAAAUGUCAUUGAUGAAUGCCUCCAGCUACAGUUCUGUCUAGCCUGAAUACAUACCAAUAAAAAUACUGAAAUUAUUCUA